AUGGCAUCGCCUGAGUCGCAUGCCUUGAAAUGGUCAGAGCAGCUCGUGCUCGCCCCGUCGCGAAAACGACUGGUCGGCGAUAAAAUCGCAUUGCCGCAAUCUGCCCUCGAAGCCCUUCUGGCUGCUGCACCAGUUGUCCAGGUAGAACAUGGAGGAAACCGCAACUUGACAUCAACCUUCGAUCCCUUCAAUCAAUUCUCAUUUGCUGCCGAAGUGCGUGCAAGAGAAGCAUUUGCAGAGCGACAGCAGCAACUCCCACACCCUCUCACUUUCCGAUUAGUCAACCCCAGCAAUGGGCAGGCAGUAUAUGCUGGUAUCAGGGAGUUCUCGGCUCACGAUGGGACGGUCGAACUGAGCGCCUUCCUCAGGUCCGCCCUUGGCUUUGACCUUGAUGCAUCCGAGCAGCCAACAAGAGAAGCUACACCUGAUCGGGAUGUCACCAUGUCGAACGGCGUGGGUGACAAGGCCACGACAGUCACGGUCCACGCGCAGCAGUUGCCGAAAGGCACGUAUGUCCGACUGAGACCUUUGGAAGCCGGCUAUGAUCCCGAGGACUGGAAAUCGUUACUUGAGCGAUACCUGCGAGACACCCACACUACUCUCACCCUAAACGAGAUUCUAGAUAUCAAGGGAGCAAGACACGAGCAUUUCAGGUUCCUGGUAGAUAAGUUCGAGCCCGAGGGAGAUGGUAUCUGCAUCGUUGACACUGAUCUGGAAGUUGAUAUAGAGGCGCUGAAUGAAGAGCAGGCAAGAGAGACAUUGGAACGGCGCUUGGCGAAAGCGCGUCGAGCGCCUGGAACUGAGCAUGGGAGCUCAUCUGGACGCACCAUCGAGCCCGGUGUUGUCGUUGAGGGCCAGGUCUUGCCUGGAGAGUAUGUCGACUAUCGACUGGAGACGUGGGAUCGGAGUCGAGAUCUACAGAUCUUCUUGGAAAGCGACAAAGAAAGUGUCACCAUUCCUGAUGUCCUCAUAACUCCAUCCUCGAGUCAUCAGCGAUCGCUCCCUCGAGAAGACGAAUUCGUCUUUGCGGAUCUAAGCAAUGCGGCUAAGAAGAGUAUCAUUAUAAGAUCAACCAAUGCGGAGCUGGAGAACGCCGAAGCCUUGACCAUAAGCACACAUGCCUGGAAAGGCCCGAAUGUGUCACAAGAUCAAGCCAUCGCUUUCUCGCUGCGCGUAGAGUAUGCUGGAUCCUCGACCGAAGUUACUUCUGGCGCCGCAGAACUAUCGCCGGAUGAGACGAUCUGCAAAAACUGUCGGCAGAAGAUACCAAAGCGAACACUUCCUCUACACGAAGCUUUCUGCUAUCGCAAUAAUGUGGUCUGCCAAAUAUGCUCGAACGUCUAUCUCAAGCACUCGGAUUCGUGGAAAAACCACUGGCACUGCCCACACGACAACGAAUUUGCUGAUUCAGAUGUUGGGAAGGACAAACACAACGCAUUGUUCCAUCCGCCAACGCCACUGAAAUGUCCAGGCUGCGAGUUCGAGGCCUACGACGCAACAAUAUUGGCGCAACACCGCACAUCGACAUGUCCAGAAAAGGUGAUACUUUGCCAGUUCUGUCACGUGGAAGUUCCACAACAAGGUCCGGACGACCCCUCAUUCACAGAUGCAGAGGUUCUGAUGUCCGGUCUGACACCUCACGAGCUGGCGGAUGGUGCGCGCACAACCGAGUGCCACAUAUGUUCUCGCAUCGUGCGGCUUCGGGAUAUGCGUACGCACCUCGCGCUACAUGACAGAGAGCGGCUAUCGCGACCAGAACCCAAGGUCUGCAUCAACGAGAUGUGCUCACGAACAAUCGCACCGGGAGACGAGUUACGUGCUGUCCGGGAACAGCUUGGCUUGUGCAACACCUGCUUUGGUCCGCUGUACAACAGCGUCCACGAUCCGGAAGGCAAAGCCCUCCGCCGCCGCAUUGAGCGGAGACUAUUGCAGCAGCUCAUGGGCGGGUGUGGGAAGGCCUGGUGUCAAAACCACGCGUGGUGUCGGACAGGCCACAAAAACGUGACUGGCGAUGAGCGCAUCUACUCCGCAAAAGAUGCUCUGCCGGUCGUCAGGCCAGUCAUGGAGCGACUGAAUCAGGACAAAGAAGCAAGGACCGUGGCCUUCUGUGUAGACGAGUCACAGCAGAGGCGAACGGUGCUGGUGAACUUCUUGUCUAAUGAGGAGUCUGCAUAUUCUCGUGGGUGGAUUGCAAAAGCAGUGGAGGAGACAAAGGGCGAUCCUAGCUCUGCGGAGUCGUGGCUCAAGGAGCGUGCGCCGACGAUACAGGAGAGCAGAUGA